UGCAGACGUGUGAGGCUGUUUCAGCAGAUCCUGUGAGUGUUCUGCACUAGACUUUCAGAUCUGGUCACAGGAAAAUGUCUAAUUUCCCACAAGAGAGGAAUAGACCUUCAUUUAAAGCUAGCCACUGGCUUCAAUGAUCACGUAUGCAAGAGCUGAAUGGGAAUGGCACAUCAUCGCUUCAAUUCCAAUGGAUUUAGGAGACACGGUGGGGAUUUCAUAAGAAAUAAAAUGCAUUUGAUUUUGCUCCUCUUGGCGUUACUUGAAACCAUUGACUCUACUUCUGCAAGCUGUAAAAACGUGUAUGACUGUCCCAAAGAUUACCAGGAAGUCUUUAUGAAGGAAACCAUCAAAGAAAUCCCUAAAUCCGUAAGCCAAAAAAUAACUGAGAUCUUUUUGGUGCAAACUGGAAUUUCGACAAUCCGAAAAGAUGCAUUUAAAUACAUGACUCACUUGGGAAAAAUAUUCUUUAUGAAUAAUAAAAUUAGCGUAAUAGAAGUUGGUGCCUUUGAUAAUCUAAAGAACCUUACUGAACUUGAGAUAUCUGGAAAUGCAGAUUUGCAUGAACUUAAGACUGGAGUUUUCAGCAAUCUUAGCAAUCUGAAGAAGCUGGUUCUUAAAAUUAACAACAUUAGUUCCUUGGGUCAAGGAAUUUUUGAUGACCUUCAGAAUUUAGAAGAACUCUACAUAAACCUCAAUAAGUUAUCUUCUUUUCCUCCAGGGAUAUUCAAUGCACUUGGAAAACUCAGAAUUCUUCAUCUAGCAAAAAAUAAAUUAACUCAGUUGCCUGAGGACAUAUUUAGUAAAUUACCUGAACUAAAAAUCCUUCGCCUCUAUGAAAAUGAGCUCACUGAGCUUCCUCAAGGAUUGGUGCACAAUAACCAAGAACUGACUGAAUUCAAUAUAAAUUCAAACCAAAUAAAACUAUGGCCCAAAAACAUUUUGGCUAAAUCAAAAAAUCUUGAAAAAUUGUUUUUAGAAGAUAAUCUGUUAGAAGAACUUCCAGAUCAAAUGCUGUUUGGGCUUAAUAAAAUAAGGCAGCUGAAAAUAAAUGCAAAUAAACUGAAGAAGCUUCCAGAUGCGAUAACUGAUGGUAAUGUUGUUACAGAACUUGAUCUGAGCCAGAAUAAACUAACUGAUAUUCCUGUUGCUGCAUUUAAUAAUUUCAAGUCUUUGAGGAAGUUGAUUAUUUCUUCAAACCAGAUCACUAUGCUAAAUAAGGAAAUGUUUUCUGGUCUUGGUAAAUUAACAGAGCUUAAUGUUGAAAAUAAUUAUCUUAGCAGCUUGCUAGAUGAUGUGUUCUCAUUUCUCCCAGAGUUAAAGACUCUAAGACUUAAUAACAACAAGUUCACCAACAUCCCUCUUCAACCAAUUGAGUCAAUCCCCAAGCUAGCUAUUAUACAUUUAAAAGAUAAUCCUUGGGCUUGUGACUGUAACCUUCAGGAUUUUUACAAGUGGAUAAAUGACAACAAUGCAAAAGUAAAAGACAUUAAUCAAAUAUUGUGUGAAUUGCCAGAUAACCUCAAGGGGCAAGUCAUCUUUUCCCUGAAGCUUGAUAAAUUAAUUUGCUUAACAACACCAGUGACAACAAUGAAAGCAACCACCAAGGCAGCCAUCAUCACAACUCAUCUAACUACCAUCCACACAACUCAGCAGGUCACUACUGUAAAGUCUCAAACAACUCUAAUACCUACAACACUUAAAACAGUUCCUCCGACUACUCUUCCUCCAACUACAACUCAAAAAACUACUUUUAUGUCAACUACUGACUUUAUACCAACCACACAAUUUACAACAGAGCUUUUAACUCCAGACUAUACCACUUUAAAGAUUUCAACACUUAAAGAAACAACUUUUUUGCCAACAACCACCAUAGUAGUCACAACUCCACAAAUAACAACUAAUAUGCCAACCACAGAAAAUACAACCCCACAAUCUACUACAACUGUAGAGAUUACAACAUCCCAAGAAACAACCUUAAUGCAAACCACAACCAUAGCAGUCACAACUCCACAAGCUACAACAAUCAUGGCAACCACAAAACUUACAACCACCCAACCAACAACUACAAUCAUGGAAUCUACAAGAAAUCAAGCCACAUCAAUUGCCUAUAUUACACAUCCUGAAACAACUUCUGAAGCAUCUACAGAAGCAUCUACAACAACUUUCAAGACCGCAACACAGACUGUCAGCACCCUUAUGUCAACUCCAACACCAAAAACAACUACAUCUGCAAUUGCAAGCACUCCAUUGGAACUAACAAGUUUAUUUACUACACUGAAGAUGACAGCAGUUGUCUCUACUGAAAUAACAUCUACAUCUAUGCCAACAACAAAGACUUCUACAAAAGGUGCCAUGUUACCUGCAACAGUCUAUUUUAUGCAUACAACCACAGAGAAUAUUACUAAAGAUGAAGACUCCACACUACAUUCAUCAGUUGCAUCACAGAUAAAAGAUAGCAGUUUUGGCUUUGGAUCUAGAGUUCAUCACUGUCAGAUUUUAUUUGUCUCCUACCUAACAUUACUGUGUAUCGAAAUCUGUACUACAAUGUUUUUAAUAACAUUUACUUACACGCUACACAAAUCUAUACGUAGUGUAAAGAUACCAGUACGUCCUGUAAGACUGGUUUAUGUGUAUAGUAAAAAGGAGAAGACAUAGGCACACUUAGCUUUCAUUAAGUAAUGUAAUUAAAGUGUGAUGAAAGGAACUAUAAAGCUAUCAAUGGAAAGACCAUUAAAUGACACUGAUGAAGACUAAAAAGCCUAAAGAUUGUGCAAGUUGGAACAGAUAUUUAUGUGAUGCUAGGUUGUAUCUGUGCUCUAUACCAAAGGAUUAUUAAUGCAUGGUUAGUGGCUUCACCUGCUAUGGCCACAACCAGGCGAUAUGUAUUGGCCAGAUAUUUACACGGGUAACAGCUAUGUUUCCUUCACUCGCUAUACUUCAUUGGGGAGCACCUUAUCUCCCAGUUGGACGAAAGGAUCAGCAUUUAUAAUGUUUCACUCUCGUGGAAAGACAAGUCAGGAGCCUCUUAUUCCCAUUCUUCUGUCAGCAGAGCCUACUAACAUUGUUGAGACUGGUCAACUUUAUCCUAUUAAGAUGGACAGCUCACAUUAUACUUUGUAUAGUGUUGUAAAUAAUCAUAUUAAAAAGGGGUUGUUCAACCUGUUUGUAUUGAUGAACUAUCCUUGGGAUAGGUCAUGAAUAUCUGAUUGGCAGGGGUCCAAAAUCUGGCAAACAAUCAGCUGUUUGAAGAGUGCUGCCUCCUCUUCAUUACACUAUGUGUCUUCUCCUCUCUAGCGGUGGUGUAGUGUAAUUUCAAGUACUCGCUCCAUUCAAGUGAAUGGAGUGAGUACUUGUAAUUACACUGCACUUCUAAGAUGACAGGUGGUGUAAUGAAGAGGAAGUAGCGCUC